AUGCUCGACGAUAUCCUCGACAACGCCUCGUCCGAAUCUCUCACACAUGGAUUAGAGUCCAGUCUUAAUAGCAGGAUCGGAGGCAGCUCCUCUUCCUUCCUCUCCUCUCCUUCCGCUGCCGCUAGCAGAGCUCGUUUGAACAGCAACACCACCUUGGGUUUCUUGCUGCCCCAGCCCAAAGGCCACUUUUCCAAGAUCAAGGGCGCACACGCACGGCCAGACCUCUCCGCUGAAAACGCCGUCGACAUCGAACUUCUUCACAAGCUGGAGGAGCAGAACAGCUUAUUGCCACCACAGGAUUCGACUUCAUUUUUGCUUGCUCGUCUCGAGCGACAAAACGGCCUCUUGGACACUGAUCCAAAGUCAAUCUGUAUCGAAUCCAACAUUCUCAAGGGUAACCUCAACACCCUGCAUCGCCUCAUUGCCGACUCAACCACACUCAACAGCCCCAACUCAGAGACAGUUGACCCCAUGUCCUCACUGGCCUCAGUGUUGGAGCCUCAGGCAGGAGACGAAGAGAUCGACUGGGAGUUUUGGGGAAUGCUUGUCCAGGAUUACAACGCCGUGGCAAGCAAAUUGCCCCAUCUUCUCUCGGCUAGAGUGCGCCAGGGUCUUCCCUCAAAGUUGCGUGGUUUGAUCUGGCAGUCCAUGUCUCAAGCGUCCUCGACCUAUCUCGAAACCAUGUAUACCCAGCUCCUCAAGGAGCACUCGCCCUACGAGCGCAUCAUCCAGCGCGAUCUCGCCAGGACAUUCCCCCAGGUCGACAUGUUCAAGGAAGAAGGCGGCAAAGGACAAGAGAUGCUCUUCAACAUCCUCAAGGCAUACUCUCUCUAUGAUCCCCAUGUCGGUUACUGCCAAGGUCUCGGAUUCUUGGUUGGGCCACUUCUCAUGAACAUGGACGAAAAGGAGGCGUUCUGUGUCUUUGUCCGCCUGAUGGAGACCUAUGAUAUGCGAACCAUGUUUACGUUGAACAUGGAGGGUCUUCAGUUGCGCCUUUACCAGUUCUCGGCUCUGUUGUCGGAACAUCUGCCCAUGUUGCACGCCCAUCUCUCGUUCCACUCUAUCCAGGCUGCCAUGUACGCAUCCCAGUGGUUCCUCUCCUUGUUCGCUUACACAUACCCCCUGCCACUGGUUCUCCGUGUCUAUGAUGUCGUCUUUACCGAGGGUGCCCCCGAGACCAUUAUGCGUGUCGCCGUAGCAUUCUUGAAGAAGAACGAGGAGAAGCUGAUGCAGUUGCAAGAGUUUGAGGACUUGCUCGAGGUCUUGUCGUCCAAGCUCUACGAUGUCUACGAGGACAAUGCAGGAAGCGUGAUCAAGGACGCCAUGGCCCUCUCUUCCGAGAUUUCCAAGGACAAGCUGGAUGCGCUCGCCAUGGCCUACUUGGCCGAGUUGGAGGAUCAGCAGAAGCGUGCCGGUGAGGUGACCAGCAAACGGUUCAAGGAUCGCUUCGGUUCAUCCAAGGCCAAGACAGAGGAGGUCAAAGCCGCGCCUGCCGCCCCCAAGCCCAAGACUACCCCUCCAUUGAAGCGCGGUGGCAGCCGUCUUUCGAUCGCUGCCUCGUUCGGAUCCACAGCCAGCCUCGCUGGCUUGGGCGACGGAGAUGACGACGAGUCUGUGGAGACUUCGAGCAUCAGCAGGUCAAACACCGACGCCAUGUUGAUGGAGCAGAUUCAGGAUUUGGCCAAGGCUCUGUCAACACUCCAGAGGGAUCAUGUCGAUGUGACGGAGGCGCUUGUCGUCUCCAAGAUGGAGAAGAUGCAGUUCAUGGAGGAGACCGAGAACCUUCGCAAGAAGAUCGCCGACAUGGAGCGUCAACAGAACCGUGCUUCGAUGAUGAGCGCCGUUUCUCCCUCGGUGAUGAGCCAAAGUGACGCUGCCUCCUCUAUGGCCAUGUCCACCCACUCGCGGGAUGAGGAUUUGGAGGAAUGCUUGGAUACCAAGGCUUCUUCGAUCGCUUCCUCGACCAACGGCCAGGAUGAGCUUUCUCAGCGUCUCUCUGUGGUUGAGCGCGAGCUUGCGCAUGUCACUGGCGAGCUCGUUCACGCCAAGGUCUCUGUAAUGGAGGCAAUGAACGAGGUCGAGUCUCUGCGUCAAAAGAACCACAACUUGGAUAAGGUUCUGAUGGACUCCAAGGAGGCGGUCAUGAUGCUCCAGGAACAGCAGGUGGUCCUCCAGUCAACCAAGAUGGCCAUGGCGAUGGAAAUAGACGGUUUGCGCCAUGAGCGGGAUACCUCUGAGAAGGAGAUCAACGUGAUGCGCCAGCAGUUCGAGGAGACGAAGCGUCUGUGGUUGGAAGGUCAGGUCGAGCGUCACACCCUGCAGGAGAAGGUCAAGGAGCUGGAGAUGAACGCCGCCUUUACCGCAUCUACCAACAGCCUGGGACGAGGUCGCACUGUCCGCAAGUCCCUUGGAGAGGUCGCGAUGAUGAGCAUGAUCAACUCGAGAAGCGGUUCGCCCUCGCCCAGAACCUCGACCCAGAUGACAGCCCUCUCGGAGGACGGCAUGCAGACUCUGAACGGAGAGAAUGCUCGUCGGGGGUCUGGAGAUUCGCAAGAGAGCUCUGGCCGACAAACUCUGCCCCGUGGCAGUACCGAUACCUUGGGCUCGACCCAGUCUGGACGCGAGUCGAUGUCGAGCUCCAGACCUCCAGCGCUUGUUCGUAAGGGAUGGCCAAGUGAGAAGGCAGCGAGUGCAGGAGUUGUGCCUACAUCGCCAACGUCGAGCGGGUUCGGAACGCGCAAGUUUAUGGUGGCUGAGGGCGAGACGAAGCUCAAGCGCAGCCAGUCGACACGUAACAGCAUGUUUGGCGGUCUUAGUUUCCGCCGCUCCAACAGCGAGGUCAACUAA